AUGGAAGGUCUGAAAGAUUUGCUUGCUCCUAAAACACUCCACUGGUUCAGUUAUGUGGCAAAUGUAUUUUGGAUUUUGCUCGGAAUUAUCCUAUCAGCAAUCUUUCUAGACAUUGAAAACAGCGAACCGAGAUUUGACUUUCGUUGUGGCUCAAAUGGCGACAAGGAACUCAUUCGUGGAAAGUGUUACGAACAGUACGAUAAACAAUACAACAAAUUCCCUGUGUAUGGAUUCGUGAUUAUUAACUUCAUUGUUACUGCAAGUGUUUGUGGAAUAUACUCCCAAGCGGUGAAGUCGAGAGUUGAGGAACUUGAACGCAACAUGCAUCAAGAUGUAGAACAACAGACUCAACAGAGAAACAAUAACUUAACUGAAAGAAAGCUUUUUAAAGCGUACCGUUUGCAACUUCUUGCCAGAGUUGUUCUUGGGAUUUCUUUUGUCCUUCUGCAGACCAAAUUACUUUAUCCUCUUAGCUUUCCCUCGAACUUUAAGUGCAACUUAACGAGAGACGAGAUUUUUUCAGACAUUACGGCCAGUGCGUCUCGCAACGAAACUCUAACUCAAACGUCAUACGAAUGUCAUAAUCAACGAGCAGCUAAGAAGACCUUCUGGGCUGAUGCCGUGAUCGUUGUAACUGGAUCGUUUGCGUUUCUUGUGUUUAUCGAGUGUCUUUACUUGUUAUCACGUGCAAAAAAAGUAGAAAGGUUCACGGAGGACCCGAAAUUUCAUAAAUAUUAUCUGAUUUCGACUAAGCCAAAUCCAGCUUCUGCGGCAGAACAAGAGCAAGAGUUAUUACCAACUAUUUCCAGCAACUUAGUAGCUCCUUCCAUUGAACAAAUGAAGAAACAUGUCCGAGAAGUCACCAAACGACCUUACAAAGAUCUUAAAUUACCUUUUGAUGAUCCAGGCGAAGGAAGAGAUCUGAAGCUUGACGAAAUCUUCACCAACUUGAUUGUUUACAAGGGGAGAGCUCACUACAACUUUUCUGGAGACAGAGGGGAACAACUUAACGAGUACCACAAAGCCAAUGAAAAAUUGACACCAACACUACCAGGAGAAAUUUUCGAUCCUGAUGAGCAAAAGAUUCUUGUUGUAGGUCGUCCUGGGAUUGGAAAAACUAUGUUUAGCACAAAGAUUCUUCGCGAGUGGGCGUCCGAUAAUUUGUUGAACGAAACACAAAAAUCACAAAUAGAUUUUAAAGUCGCUUUUCUAGUUAAGUUGAGGAUGUUCAACUUUACCGACAAAGAACUAAAUCUUCUGGGCGUCCGAUAAUUUGUUGAACGAAACACAAAAAUCACAAAUAGAUUUUAAAGUCGCUUUUCUAGUUAAGUUGAGGAUGUUCAACUUUACCGACAAAGAACUAAAUCUACGCGAGCUUCUGGAUCACUCAGAGUAUUCAACAACUCUAUCUGAAGAGACCUGGAGCUACAUCCGUGAAAACCCGCAGCGAGUACUGAUCAUUUUUGAUGGAUUUGAUGAAUAUUCUAGGAAGGCUGAAAUCAAUAAAGACGACGUCCAGUACAGAAACAAUGAAGAAGACAGGAUGCCUGUCCAUUUCCUGCUAAAGAAAAUGUUAUCCGGAAAAAUUCUUACCGGUGCGACAGUGUUAAUGACUACAAGACCCAAUGCCGUUUCAUGUAUCAGAAGUCCUAACUUCGACAAAACAGUUGAAAUUCUGGGAUUUAACACUGAGCAAGUGGAAGAUUAUGUAGAGAAGUUUUCAAAGCAGGCGGACAAAGCAGAAACCAUAAAGCAACACAUUACAAGUAACUCAAACCUUCAAGCCUUCUGCUACAUCCCUGUGAAUUGUUUCAUCAUUUGUUCGUGCUUGUUAGAGUUGCUUAGUAACACUGGCUUUACUAGCCUUCCGACAAGACUGACAGAAAUAUACUCAAUUGCAAUAAAAAUGUUUUACUUUAGUUACGAUGAUAAUCAAUAUCGCCACGAUAAAGCCGAAGGUCAACAGUUUUUUCUGAUGCCGUUUAAGGAACUUUCUUCGCCUGUACAAGAGGUGUUCAAACGUCUGGAAAAAAUUGCCUUUAAUGGAAUUAAAGAGGGAAGACUAAUUUUUGAAUCACACGAAGUUAAAGACCUAAAGAGUAAUGGCUUGUUCCACCGUUUACCUGACGCUAGAGAACGUCCUUUAGGAGAGAGAAGAGAACAAUAUUGUUUUUUACACCUGACAAUACAGGAAUUCUUGGCUGCGAAGUAUUUGGUAGACACGUGCAGUUCCGAAGACCUACAGAAGUUUGUUUCCGAUCACAUCCAGCAUGGCGCGUGGAGGGUUGUGAUGCAGUUUGUUGCUGGAUUGCUGGAUGAAAAAGAAGGCAAAUCAACAGAUAUUUUCAGCGCCCUUCUUCCCUCAAAAACAAAUACUAAAGAAGUGAAAAUUAAGUUCAUUGAAGAGGUCAUUGAAGACUCACAGGAACAAAGUGAAACUCUGACCUGCUGGCCAGCUGAUGAUGAAGACAAGCCUCUGGUGGUGAUGCUAUUCAAUUGCAUGUAUGAAAACAAAGCCUCCGGUCGAAAAGUUCAAGAGAAACUGGCGAAAAUUGGUUGUAAUGCGCUUAAUUUUAGUCAGUGUUCCCUGUCACCUCUCGACUGUUUAGCAUUAGUGCAUGCACUUAAAUCUGUUGAAGGAAUUUUGGAUUUUGAUUUAAGGUUCAACAACCUUCAGUCGCUAGGAUGUAUUGAGAUUGCGAAGUUGUUACCUGGCAACCAACACAAUCAGGGUUUCUGCAAACUAAAGAGUUUAAACCUCAGUGGUAACAACAUAACUGCUGAAGGUGUUAAACAUUUAUCUCAAGUACUCACACAUACUAACUGCAAACUAAAGAGCUUAAACCUCAGUGGUAACAAGAUAACUGCUGAAGGCGUUAAACAUUUAUCUCAAGCACUCACACACACUAACUGCAAACUACACAGCUUAAGCCUCUGCAAAAACAUCAUAACUGCUAAAGGUGUUCAACACUUAUAUCAAGCACUCUCACACACUAACUGCAAACUAAACAGCUUAGACCUCAGGUUUAAUGAAAUAACCCAGAAAUGUAAAAAUCUCUUAAACUCAUUAAACAUAAACUGUAAAGUAUUUUUCUAG